UUGGCGCCCACCGUGGGGCCUUCAGCGUCUGCGGCCGGUGUCUUCUUCCGGACGGGCCUCACCACCACCACCGGCGAGCGAGUCGCUUCAGGCUUGGUCUGGAGAUUCGGCUCCCUCGACUGCGUCAGCGACAACGCUGGCUGCUUCGCCGACAGGCCUUUCCCUGCCGGCGGCAGCAUCAUCUCCUUCGGCCAGCACGACGUCUACGUCGCUGCCAUCGCGCCACCGCGCUACCCGCAGCAGGUGCUGCGCUGUGCAAGCCCUCCCCCAGGAGCCGGCGCCAGCAACACCCUCGCCAGCCCCUGCGUCGUGCAGGAGGUUAUGGCGACCGGUGACGAGAACACCACCCGGACCACGCGCGUCCGCGGCCCGAACCUGGAGCGCAACGCCGACGGCGGCGGCUCCGGCUCCGGCCCAAAGGCACCGCCACCACCGUCCCGCCUGGAGGAGGCCAGGGCCAAACUGAGCACUCCGCUCACCGCCGGCGCAGACCCCACCACCAUCGAGGCAGACCUCGAGGCACACCGCCAGUUCCUCCUGAAACAGGCGGAGGAAGUGGCCGCCGCCAAGCGCCAGCUGGAAAUCACCAGGCGCGAGUUCGACCGCGCCCACGGUUUCACUCCGGCUGGUAACUACCCCAGCCGAGCCGGCCAGAUCCGCCGCAGAGGAGGCGGCUUAGGCGCCGAGAUCGACCGCGACGGCGCGGAUUCGCCGGCUCCUUCCAUGGAGCUGCCGGCCUACAACACCCCCGACAAGAACAUGCGCGCAGCGGAAGCUGCCGCAGAAGAGCUGAGCCGCCUGGAGGGCGAAGAGCUACGCUGCGAAACGAGGCGGGUAACGAAGUUGCUCCACAUCGCCUCCGAGCAGCAGAAAAACCCAAGGUACGCCGGCAACGUUCAUGUUGCAGCCGGUCGCAACGGAGGCGGCCCUAGGGACACGGCGGAGUCAUCCUCACCCGCGCCAAGCCGGCGCCGGGACUCCCAGGCCACCCGCGACAGCCCAAGCCGGCAGAGCCGGCUGAGAAGCGGCAGAAGCGGCUACAGCCGCCCGCCACCAAGCGGCAGCCAGGAGUACAACUCCGAGCAACCGGCGCCAAGAUGGCCACCUCAGCCGGCUCCCGAAGCAAGCGGCGCUCGCCAGCCGGCCCACUCCCGGCUGGGCCCGCGCGUCGAGCCGGUUGACGCCAGAAACCGCCUCGACCGGCUCAUGGAAUCCCGCAUCGCGGAGGAAGAAGGGCCAGCCGGCCCGAAAUGUUUCGGCCCGCGCAUCCUGGGCGAGCCCAUGGUCGACGGUUUUCAACUCCCCCGCGAUACGCCCAAGUACGACGGCUCCGCCAAGCCGGAGGACUGGUUGCUGGAUUACUCCACGGCAGUCGGCAUCGCCAAGGGCAACAAGCGCUGGGCAGGGCGGUACCUCGCUGAGGACGCCGCCUACAUCAUCUUCACCUCCGAGCCCGAGGACAAAACGAGCCAGCAGCGCCGUUCCCUCGAGGUAAACGCGGUCAUACCGCCGGUCCCGCAGUACCUAAACUAG